AUGACGUCACGGCUCGGCUUAAAGCAAAGAAGCUGCUAAACUUUACUCGCUGUUGAGCUCAGGUUUUCUCUGUUCCCACGACUCUAAAUGUCUUCCCAGCUGCCAGGUAGCUGGACUGGAAACCUAAAAAGACCCUGAGAAGAGGCAACCAUGCUCCGCUGCAAGAGGUGUCGGAAAGGCAUCAUUGACUCAACAUGUUUGUCAAUGGUUGAGGCCACAGAUGAAGGCUCAGCUGCCGUUUGCAGUAUUUGGCACGUCAAUGUUGACACACUGCCAGAGUGGAUACUGACCUCAGUUCACCAGGCCCAGUGGACUGUAGGAAAACUCAACUGCCAGCACUGUGGAGCUCGCCUAGGCGGCUUCAACUUCAUCAACCGCAGCGAGUGUCCCUGUGGGCGAGACGCCACCGUCCACCUCAACAAAAGUCGCGUUGAUCACGAUCAGAAACACUACGUUCUCAUCGUCCAGCCGAAAAGGACGAGGCCUGAGAAGGAGCAGGCUGUUCUGCUGACAGACGGCUCUCAGGACAGAGAGCAGAGGCCCGAGUUUAACAGGACAGCACUGGACACUUUACAGCUUAACUGUGCUGCUGUCAUGUCCCACAUCAGCCCUGCUGAGGCCUCUAACUCGCUGACUGACAGUGAGAACACACAGUCAUUUUCUUUCAGUCCUCUCUACUGCAUCUCUCACAGGAGGCGGUGCAGCUUGGAAGAUGAUGCCACCAUCAGGUCAUCAUGUUUUUGCCCUGCAGGCCCUACCGUCAGCUCUGCUCUUGAGAGCACAAGGACGGGGACGUAUGAGUUGACACGCUCACCUGUCUUGUAUCCCACGAGUCAGCAGUUUGACACUGAUGGUGAAGCCUCAUUCAGUGCUGUCGCCUGUCGUUCAUUUGUUUCUGGAAGGACACAGUCACCUCUGCAUCAACAGCUGCCGCAAACUGUGGAGGACGCAGAGUCUUCUCCAGAGACAACAGCUGUCCACGAGGAUGUGUCUGUUUCAGCCCUGUUCCUCAGAGGGAGGUCCAUCUCUGACAGUGUGGCCGAGCCGGAUGAGGAAGUGCUGCCCCAAGCCUCUCUGGCCUCCCCAGCCUCAAACAGACUGAGCAAAAGAGAGAAGAACCGUCUCAAGAGUCUUCGAAGGAAACAGAGGAGGAGAGAGCGAUGGCUGCACAGCCAGCUGGAGCAGGCUGAGAGUGUGGGUGGUUCACUGUUGGACAGCGAGGAGGAGGACAGAGAGGGCCUCACCUGCGCCGUGUGUCUCGACGUCUACUUCAGCCCGUACAGCUGUCAGCCCUGCGGCCACAUCUUCUGUGAGCCGUGUCUCCGCACAAUCGCCAAGAACCGACCGACAAACACACCCUGCCCUCUCUGCCGCACCCUCAUCUCACACACAGACUUCCACAAAGAGCUCAACCAAACAGCGAAGACCUUCUUCCCGAAAGUGUACUACGCCCGCAAGCAGAACUUCCAGAGUGCUUCGUGUGCAAAAUGGCCGCUGCCCAGCUGUCGCAAGCGCUUCCGUACCUUCUGGGGAGAACAAAGGCAGGCGGCGGAGGCAGCAGGGAGACGCUGGCACUUUGUUCACGGAGGUUUCGCGCUGGACGCUUUGGACUUCACUGACAUGCGAGGCUGGCUCUUCGACAUCGGCCUGGUCAUCGUCUACAUCCACUCAGUCAACUGGAUCCUGGCUUUCCUCUUCUUCUGUUUCCUCAUAUACUACUUCUUUUUUUGAGACAUGGGAGCGCCCAGAGUUUGCAGUGCAGGUUUAUCUUUAUUUUCUUAAAAGAGAUUGGUAGUAGUCCUGGUUUUGCCAGUUGGAAAGAGUCACAAGUCAAACCUGUUAUUUCAGUGAUAAAGUAUCUAGAAAAAAACAGGGGUAGUCGUGACAUACAGAGUAGUGAGGAGCAGGAAUCUGAACAUUUGCAGGUUUGAAAUUUGCGCGAAUGGUUCCAGAAGUUUACAAUAUGUCCUAACUGACUACAGACUGACUUUAAGAAGUUAUGAUGGUUUGAAGAGGGCUGUUUUUUGUCAGUGUUAAGUACCCAUGGUGUAAGUGCAAUAAUACAUAAGGAAACCCUCGUCAAAUUUGUGACGUUUGGCAGUUAAACAGUUUGGUGAUAAUGGUGGUGAUGAUCAGACAGACCAAAAAAAAAAAACCAUGAUUAAUGAAUGAUUUAUGAUGUAAUCUGACACUUUUUUCAACGAGGAAUAGUUCAACAUUUUGGGAAAAAAAUGCUUGUUGCCUUUCAUAGAGGUAGAAUAUCUAUACUCUAAUAUCUGUGUGCUAUGUAAGGUGCAGGAGCCAGGAGGUAAUUAGCCUAGCUUAGCAUAAAGACUGGAAGCAGGGGAACACAGCUAGCCUGGCUGCGUCUCUUGUUUUUCAGACCCAUUUUAGAUGCAAGCGUGUCGUCAGACAUUAAGGCUAGCCAGCGCCAUUUUAAGAGACUUAUGCUAGCUAGCUAGCUAGCUAGCCCACUUAUUGAUGUACCCUGCAGGUGCCUGAAGAUGUCAGCAAAAUAUGACAGCUACAGUAGCUUGGAAAAUAGCGAAAUGUAUAGUUAAAGCUUGUUUUCUGGCAAAAUUUUAGUUGACUUCUGCUGGUAGAUCAAUGGGGGGCUGCAGGAAGAGAGGAAGCAAAACACCAUUCAUCUGCAUGCAUCUGCAUACACAAGACAAGAUACGUGAAAGAGGUAAUGUCAGAGGGGCAUCGAAACCCCAUGUCUUGCCUCUAAAGUGAGAAAUGAGAGGAGGUAAAGUUCCUCAGUGUUUUUUGGUAAGGGUGGUUUUCAAAGCCACUCAAGAAGUCAAGCUUUGCUGUUUCACGGGGCACCCAGUGUGCUGCAACAAGUACAGCUUGCAGCAGUAGGCUGGCAGCUGGCUUUUGUCACAUGGUCAGUGGGCAUGGUUUCAUCUAAAGUGGGUUGGUAAAACAACAGCAGCCUGGCUUGUUCCAAAGUGAGGUUAGGGUGUUUUUAGAGGUGCUGGAACAACAGUAUUUCUUGGCAAACAACAGCAGGGCAGCACAGUUUCCUGCUACAUCUGGUUUGGUACCAAUAUACCUGUACAGAGACCAAACCCAUAAUGCUCGCUCGACAGUAUGUGGCAACCUGCGCUAGUUUAUACAUGUAACAAAAACAAUACAGACACGAGAUCAUUAAUAAUGCACCUCAUCUAACUUUCUAAAUAAUAACAAACACAUUUACUUCCCAAAAUAUUGAACUAUGCCUUUAAUGUAGCAGAGGCAGGAUGUUAGGAAAUGAACCUGCACUUUUGGGGGGGAGGGGGGGAGGGGGGGGCAUUUAGUCUUUGUGUUUUGUUGUGUGAUGUACAUUGAAAUUAUUCUAGACAUUUAAAAUAACAUUUGAAGUGAGACGCACUGCCGAGAAAGUUUUGCCUUCACGUGUACAAGUCGUUUUAUAUACUUAUUAGUGGGAUGCUCAGGAAUCAGAAAUCUGUCAAGUAAAGACAGCAGCAAUUAUUAAUGGAUGUGAUUGAUUGAUGGGCUGAAAGGAGCAGAAAGAGCAGACAGAAAAUCAGAUACACGAAUGGGUUAAAUACCCAUGUCAGUACGGUGCCUUGGCUUAGUUUGUGCCUUCUGUCUGUCACAAGGCAUAUGAAACUGGAAUCGCACUGUUUUUAAGUUUCAGGUCUCACACACAGCUUUCAGGUCAUUCACGGGAAGCCAGAAAGUCAUAAUGAAGCUUUGAGUAGACACUAGAAGGGGUCUGUCUCUUAAAGGAAAAGGCUAGAAAAUCUCCUCCCAAGAGGAGCAAAUGCUUUAGUUGAGUAAGUCAAUCUGUUUUAAUUGUAUUCUUACAAGGAAAAAAAUAAUGUUUACAUGUUGUUUCAUUUUUCUGCUUUAAUUAAAAAAGUUUUGUUUUCUCCAUCACUCAGUAUGGAACAGGUCGGGCCAUAUUAAUGGAUUAGUGACAAUGGUUCAUGAAUAAAAAUGUAUCCAUAUAGAGAACCUUAUUUAACAAACUGAUGAAGCCUGUUUUUUCACUGCUCUCUACCACUUCAUGAUGGUCAUCUCUAGUUUUAGCCAGUAGCAGUAAUGAAAAAAGGGGCACCUCCUCCAUGAGUUGGGUGAGUUAUUUUUUUCCGAAAUAUAUUUAGAGCAAACAGCGGCUUUUGUUCGACGAGCUAAAAGUGAUGUUCAAACUGUGACACAAAAAGCAGAGUUGUAAUGAAUACACAACAUUUGCUACCAACAAACAACCAUGAAGUCAAGCUUUUCCUGUAUACAAUCAUAUUUU